UCUCUAUGUGAGUAGAUACAGUAGAUGAAAGUGUGAAUCUCUAAUAGUGUUGGUAGUUCUAACGUUGUAUACUGAUACUAUUUGGGUAAUCGGUGUUCCUGACCCUGAAUUACCUUUGACCCUGAGUUGUGUUCUUUUCUGUGUCGGCCAUUUUUGUUCGAAAUUCUCGGUACGCAAACUGGGGAUAACCAUCCUAGGAAGCAAGAAUCUGACCCACGUUCCGUCUGAUGGUGUGGCUAUAAAGCAGCAUGACCAAGCAACAGGAGUUCAUCUGUGGCCUCUCACGUGAGGUGACCAUAUCAGUCCUCCCCAGAUUGAACAUGGAGGAGCUGAUGUUUGAACUCAACAGAAGGAUUCAAAUCCUUGACAAAGAGAACAGCAUGAAGGACAGGCUGGUCAGUAUCCUUAGGGACGUGAUGUUGGAGGAAUACCGUCUGUUGGAAAGAAGGAAUUCAGAAGUCAGUUCUCCAAACAAAACGCCCAUACCUGUGCAAGACCAGGAGACAGCUACCAUGGCCAUGCAAGAGAACGUUCUGACUGAGAAUGCUGAAACAACGUUAUCAGAGACUUCAAGUCCUUACGCCUCACAGCAAAGUUUUGGACCGGACAUUGUGAUAAAGACAGAAAGUGAAGCAAACAAUGAAGUACUUAUGCAUACGAAGGAUCUAGAGCUGCAUUUAAACCAAAUACAACUGAAGGUGUCGCAACAACUUCAGCUUUGUAACAUGCACAGUCGAGGCCCCCCAACACUUCCUACAUCCGAAAAACCCCUGCCACAAAUGUAUAGCACAGAUGGAUGUAAUAUUAAAGAAGAAGAGGCUGCUAUGACAACUGUGGAUGAAGCGGCUAGAGCUUGUCAUGAUGAGCUCAACAUUGACACUCCUAUAUGUAUUGCUCAGUUGCAGGAUACACUCAAUUCAAUGAAUUCUGCUUACUCAGAGACAAUCUGUGAGGAAGCACCUUCGGCUUCUUGUCAUCUGCCUCCAGACCACGGUGACAUACAUGUAAAAAUGGAAUGUCAUGUGUCCGAGGAUAAUCAAAUCCGGCAAAUGUCUCAAGCUUCAAACCCGGAUCAAACUGAACACUAUACUGAUGACAGGGAAAAUGGUUUCAAUCAGACUCUUAUCAACAGUGGACACGAGCUAAGUGGUAAAGAUAGUAGCAAGGAAACACCUUUGACUUCUUGUCAACCAACUUCAGACCAGGAUUGUGAGAAUAUGACAUUCCUUCCUCAAGACAAUGACUCACGAGUAGAUAGUAAACGCUAUGUGUGCGAAGUGUGCGGAUUCAACACAACACAUGCGCGUUAUCUUACUAAGCAUGCAAAACGUCACAGUGGAGAAAAACCUUUCUUGUGUGGCGAAUGUGGUUACAGAGCACGCUACAAGUAUCAACUUGUCGAACACAUGAGAACACACACCGGCGAGAAACCAUUUAGAUGUAAGGAAUGUGACUACAGGACAGCUUAUAAGGGCGAUAUUAGUAAACACAUGAGGUGUCACACAGAUGAGAGACCCUACAGUUGUCAAGAUUGUGACUACAGGACAAAAGUUAGGUCCGACCUCGCCAAGCAUAUGAGACACAAACACCAGUGAAACCACUGUCAGUUGCCAACCAGAAAUUAUCAACAUCAUUGAUAUUAAUGGUAUAAACUAUAUUUUUCUUAUAUAAAUAUUCAUCUAUGAACUUUUUU